GUUGUUCUCAGGCUUUUGUUAGGGGUGGCGAUAUAGGUAGAAAUGUCAUGGCGAAUAGAUAGAGGCUUUUUUUUCUCCUUUUUUUUUUCUUUUUUGGACGCGGUCAGGUUUUAACGUAAUUGUAUCACAGUAAAUGUCUCACAUAUAGGAACCCAUAGGUCACGGGUUUAAAUCAGUUCAAAAAGAGCCAUUAUCGAGUUUAUUAUGAAUUGCUCAUCAUGGCAGAGUUAUCACUAAAGAAAAGUUAGCUAGCUUAGCUCAUUGGGGCUCUUUUUUUUCGCAGUCAACUUCGGCGUUUUUAAGACAUAACAGCUGGAUUUUCUUUUUGUACAGGGUGUUCGUGUAGCUUGACAUUUAGCUCCUUCACCUCCCUCAGUGUGUGUAGAUUCAGAAAUGAUUAGCGGAAAUAACAACAACGUUGGCUAAAUUUCAGCUCGUGUCCAGAUUAAUACAAGACACCUGCACGAGCACAUAGUUUAGCGUUGUAGAGUUCAAAUGGUGUAGUACUUUGGUCAAAAGUUACAGGAAUAGGGUUAUAAAACUCGGUAUAAAUACUUAUCUUUAAAAAAAAAUGAUAAAGUGGACAGCCACUCGACUGAUCUGCUUUUGGGGUUAACUUCAGUGACUUCCCCUUUUUUUCCGAGACACACUAUACACAGUUUCAGGUUUUAUAAAGCAAGCUGUUGUAGAAGUCGAAAGGACGAAGCCAUUGGACAAAUUUAAAACCAAAUUUAACUCCGACUUGAGUCGCUGUAAUAUCGUUACAGCUCCAUUAUACUGUACAAGUGUGUCCGGCUAGCUUAGCGUGCUAGCCGCUCCGCCGAAUGCUGCUGCUGUAAUACACAGUGUAGUGUUAGCAUCAGCGCUGCUUCUUCAGCUUCACCUCCCUCCUGCGGCUUUUUCUUUUUCAUUUUUAAUUUUUUUUUAGCCAUGUCGAAUAUUAACAACGACGCCGUGAGUUUGAUUAAAGACGUAAAACCAGGAUCGAAAAACCUGCAUAUCGUCUUUAUAGUUUUGGAAAUAGGUCGCGUGACCAAGACAAAGGACGGACACGAAGUGCGCUCCUGCAAAGUGGCCGAUAAGAGCGGCAGUAUCGCCAUCUCCGUCUGGGAUGAACUGGGCAGCCUUAUCCAGCCUGGAGACAUCAUCCGCCUUACACGAGGCUAUGCCUCUAUUUGGAAGGGGUGUCUUACCUUGUACACAGGCCGUGGUGGAGAUCUGCAAAAAAUUGGAGAGUUCUGCAUGGUGUACUCAGAAGUACCGAACUUCAGCGAGCCAAAUCCUGAGCUGCUAGCCCAAGCCAAUCAGCAGAACAAAACGGGUAAAGACCAGCGUGGAAACUCCCCACCUUAUCAAAACACACCACCAUCUGUCCAAGCAGGAAAUGGCACCAUGCAGACGUACCCCAAUAAUAACAGCAACCCACCAGCCAACUUCCCAGCUCCCGGGAGAGCAAAUGGCCGCGUUCCCGGAAACGGCCCACCGCCGGUCACUGUAGGACAGCCUGCACCUCCUAAACCGUCAGUCACCAUCAGCAACGGCAGGGACCCUCGACGUGCUUCUAAGAGAUGAAGCAUGAAUGACGAAGCUAGAAUGUGUUUAAAUUGUGUUUUUGUUACGUUUCCCUUAAAUAACUGCCAAUCAAGACACUGCAGAGUCUAAUAUAACAGUGCAAUCAGCUGAGUAUUGACUUUGUCCUCUUUCACCUAGGACUGUUAGAGUUUCUGGAGAACAGUUGAUCAUGUUUUAAGAUCUCCAACUCCUCCUUCACGUCUUCUUUAGUGCCGGUCUCAACACGUGCCCUCAUCAUGUGGUGUUUCAACCAUCCACUCUUACUUGAACACUCGAUGCACUUUCUUCACUUAGUUUCUAGUGAAUUGCUGUCAAAGGAUUUCAGGAAUGGUUUAACUGCUGUUGUAAACGUGCAGGCGGAAGCCGCUGGCUGCCUUUUUUUUUUUUGUGUGAAAGGGAGGAGGGACCCCCUUCAGCCAAAAAAAACCUACCAAAAGUGACUGAGAGAGAGGUGAUGGUUUGAUUCUGACGCUUAGGUUUAUUUAAUUAGAAAUAAAA